CUCGCAGCUCUCAAAAACUGAUUACUCAAUCCGAAAAAGCUUAACUAGUGUUCAUCCUAUUAUUCGCAUUUGUCUCGUCAAACCUACACUACUCUAAAUUCCUAGCCUUCUUUUGAAUAUGCUUCCGCCUGAGACUGGCCUCGACGGUUGGUUGCGGUAUGCCGCACUUCCUGAUGAGUGUGCCGGCCUACGCACCCGAUACUCGACAAUUAUCUCCCAUAUGGACAGCCAAAGUAGCCCUAUAUUCACUGCCGCGAGAGAGCUGCAAUUCGGCCUAUCCAAGAUUCUGAGCCAGAAUGUUAGUCUUGAGACGAAGCUCUUGGGAACCGCAGCCAGCUCCUCUAUUGUUGUAGGAACUAUAAAAACAUUCUCGUCUACCGGCCGGGAUAUUCAUGAAACCCUGUCCCUCAAAGAGGAUGGAUACUGUCUCGUCUGUAAGGACGGGAAGGCUACGGAAAUCAUUGGCCAAAACGAACGGGGUGCACUGUACGGCGCUUUUGAGCUCCUCAGACUUCUGUCGCAGAACCACCCGCUUCCCGAAAUGCGUAUAUCCAAUCCCAGUGCUCCAAUUCGGUGGGUAAAUCAGUGGGAUAACCUGGACGGCAGCAUUGAAAGAGGAUAUGCAGGUCCAUCGAUAUUUUUCGCGGACGGAUAUGUGCUCGACGACCUGACCCGUGUUCAACAAUAUGCGCGGUUGCUGGCUUCUGUCGGACUGAAUGGUCUGAUCGUAAAUAACGUCAACUCCAAUUAUAACCUUCUUAAGCCCAUUAAUAUGCAAGGACUGGCUCGGAUUGCUGACAUCAUGAGACCAUGGGGAGUUAGAAUUGGCAUUUCUUUGAACUUUGACACCCCAAAGGGCCUUGGAGGUUUGCAGACAUCUGAUCCUCUGGAUCCCGACGUCAUUUCUUGGUGGGAGGACAUUACUUCUGAGCUGUACCGUCAUGUCUCUGACAUGUUGGGAUAUCUGAUCAAAGCGAAUUCUGAAGGACAGCCGGGCCCACUGACAUAUGGCCGCACUCUUGCUGAUGGUGCAAACAUGUUUGCCAGAGCCUUGCAGCCGCAUGGUGACGGUGUCGUCGUUUACCGCGCCUUCGUCUACAAUCACCACCUCGAUGAGUCGGAUUGGAAAAAUGAUAGGGCAAACGCGGCUGUUGAGUAUUUUGAUGGACUAGAUACUCAAUUCGAAGAUAACGUCAUUAUUCAGAUCAAAUACGGCCCCAUUGAUUUUCAGAUUCGGGAACCGCCGUCGCCUCUUCUUGCUCACCUGCGGAAAACGCCAAUUAUUCUAGAAUUACAGGUUACGCAGGAGUAUCUUGGCCAACAAGAUCACGUCGUAUAUUUACCACCGCUUUGGAAGACGAUUUUCGAUUUUGAUCUCCAUAUAGACGGCCAGCAAUCAUUGGUCCGAGACGUAGUUUCUGGUCAACGGUUCAAUUGGAGCAAAAGUGGUUACGCGGCAGUGGUUAAUGUAGGCAACGAUCUUACAUGGCUGGGCAGUCAUCUUGCAAUGGCCAAUCUGUAUGCAUAUGGAUUGUGCACUUGGGACCCUCAGCAGAGCGAGGUGGACAUAAUCCAAGGUUGGGCACAAUUGACCUUCGGUUUAUACAAAACCAUCGCGAAUACCAUAACAAAUAUUUUCAUGACUUCUUGGCCGACAUAUGAAGAUUACAGCGGUAACCUCGGCAUUCAAACCUUGUGCGAUAUUGUCACGCAUUGUCAUUAUGGCCCCUGCCCAGCAGCGCAGGAUGGCAAUGGAUGGGGCCAGUGGACUCGUGCUGACGCACAUUCUAUUGGAAUGGACCGAACUGUUGCCACGGGAACAGGAAAUGCAGGGCAAUAUCCUCAAGUUGUUGCUGAGCGGUUUGAGUGCAUUGAUACCACUCCUGAUGAGCUUCUCUUAUGGUUUCACCAUGUUCCGUACACCCAUCGUCUAAAAUCAGGUAAAACAGUGAUUCAACACUUCUACGACGCCCACUAUUCUGGAGCUUGUGUCGCACAGACAUUUCCACAGCAGUGGGAAGCCUUGCGGGGAUUGAUAGACGAUGAUCGAUUUGACCAUGUGGCUUUUCGUCUACGGUAUCAAGCGGGCCAUGCUCUGGUCUGGCGGGACUCAAUCAACAAUUUCUAUUACGCCAAGUGUGGGAUCAAAGACGAACAUCACCGAGUUGGUAACCAUGCAUGGAGAAUUGAGGCCGAAGAUAUGACGCUUGAAGGAUACGAAGUGGUUCCUGUGACGCCAUUCGAGGCUGCAUCUGGAGGAAAAGCGAUCGCGACAAUGCCAGGAGCGGAUAUAGGCACUGCACAGUGUACUGUUGCUUUUCCUUCCGGGAUCUAUGAUAUCGCGAUCAACUACUAUGAUCAUCUGGGUGGCAGAUCACAAUAUCAAAUCUUCUUGAACGACAUACUUAUUGGCGCUUGGAAAGGUGAUCUUGAAGAUAAACUGAGUCAUGACUUUUCGGACCGCAUGGAUGGCCAUUCUGCGACUCGAGUCACCUUCAAUAAAGUAGAUGUAAAAAAAGGCGAUUCCCUUACGAUAGUUGGUAGACCGGAUGGGAGCGAACUCGCUCCCAUAGACUAUAUUUCAUUAUUGCCACAAGGCAUUGUGGAUUAAACUCUGAAUGAGCAGCUCAGCUGAUUCUGGCAGGUUUUAUAGAAAUCUGGAAAUCAUCUCGAUUUUGGAACUAAAGAUACAUUUUCUUUGAUCUUCAAGAUACAAAAUCAUUACUCUAUUGAUUUUGCAUGUAGAUUUUGAGGCGUUAUUGACCCGUUAAAGCUAGUCUCGUUGCUUUGAAUGAAACAUGUCAUCAGUUGACUCUUACCGG